AAGACCACGUGACCAGCAGCCAAUGAGCGCGCGGCUGAGCUGGUUUCCCGCCAAACCCGUCCAUCCGAAUCGCCAUAACCUCCUCUUGGUGGACAGCUGCAGACGGUUGUUUUCUUUCUUUGUGUGUUUCAUUCUGCUAAAAGAAAUACUCAAGCAUGCAGCUUCCCGAGUUCAAUCCUGAUUCUCUUCCUGAUCUUUUACCCUUGUACUACAAGAGGUUAUUCCCGUAUGGCCCUUUUUAUCGAUGGAUCAGUUAUGGGAAUGUUGAAAACAAUUACUUUCAAAAUCGUGAGUUUUCAUUCACCCUCGCUGAAGAUAUCUACAUCCGCUUCAAGUCUUUCUCUAAUCGAGAAGAUAUGGAAAAAGACAUACAGAAGCGUUGUCCCUAUAAAAUUGAUAUUGGUGCUGUGUAUGCUUCAAGGCCUGAAGAAAGACAUACGACAGCAGUCUUUCAGCCACAAGAAAGAGAAUUAGUAUUUGACAUUGAUAUGACAGACUACGAUGACGUAAGAACAUGCUGUACUGGUGCAGACAUCUGUGAUAAAUGCUGGAAGUUCAUGGUGGUGGCCUGCAGAGUACUUGAUGCAGCUUUGAGAGAGGACUUUGGUUGGGAGCAUCUUUUAUGGGUGUUCUCUGGACGUCGAGGAGUUCAUUGCUGGGUGUGCGAUGAAAGUGCAAGAAAGCUGGAUGUCUCAGCACGUUCAGCUGUGGCCGAAUACCUCCAGCUCGUCACCGGUGGUGAGAAUAGAGCAAAGAAAGUCAUCCUGAACUCUGACAAGCUUCAUCACUCCAUCAAGCGAGCUAAAAACUUCAUUGAAAAAAAGUUUGAGUCCAUGUGCGUUGAAGGACAAGAUAUAUUAGGGACCCCUGAAAGAAUCGCAAAAGUGUUGGCUUUAGUACCUGAUGAACAGCUAAGACAAGACAUGGAACGGGAGAUGAACAAGCACAACACCUCUUUACCCAGGUGGCAAGCUUUACAAGCUGUGUUUCAAAAUGCUGUUAAGAAAGGCCAGGUAAAGAAGUGGCGUCUGCAUUUGAUAGAAGAGAUUAUGUUCCAGUACACAUAUCCUCGAUUAGAUAUAAAUGUGUCUAAGGGAAUGAAUCACUUGCUCAAAGCGCCAUUCUGUAUACACCCGAAGACUGGUAAAGUCUGUAUUCCUUUUAAUCCCAAGGCUGCUGAAAAGUUCAACCCAAUGAAUGUUCCAACAAUCAAUCAACUCAUUCAUGAAAUUGGAAAAUUUGAUGAAGAACAAAUGCAAGAUAGCAAUGAGGGCCAAGGCAGCUUGAGACGAGUCAAGGAUUACAAGAAAACCAGUAUGGCUAAAGGAGUUGUAAUUUUUGAAGAGUUUGUGCGAAAGCUUGAGGACACGUGGAAAGGCAAACACAUAAAAAUUGAAGCAAGUGAUGCUACACUGAAGUUUUGACCUCAAUACUUCUCUGGCUGAUAUGUCACCUAUGCAUUCGUCAAUGUUAACAACUGUUUGAUGUUUGCAAGUCCAUCAAAGCUCACCUUAUACAUAGCAGCAUCACCGAAACAAGCAGUACACUCAUAGUCGUUGGGCCCAGUGCAGUGCUUGCAAGAAUAAUGACACCAGG